AUGGCGUUCAAAUGUCUCAAACUCUUCCUCCUCCUCCUCGCCUCCGUUGCACCUCGCGUGAUACUAUCACACGAUCAUCAUAUCCAAUUUCCCGAACAUCUCCAAGGAUGUCGUAAGGGAGACAACGUAGAAGGAAUCCAAAACGUCAAAAUGCACCUCCAACGCUAUGGUUACAUGAGGAAGGACAAUAACAACACUGUGAAUAAGGAGAGCACUAAUGCAUUCGACGAGGCAUUGGAGUCGGCCAUUAAAAAAUACCAAAAAAACUUCAAUUUGAACCUGAGUGGCGCUCUGGAUAGAGAGACACUAGACCUAAUGUCUAGGCCCCGAUGCGGAGUUCCAGAUAUCGUCGCGAGCAGUAACAAUGAGACAAUGAUGUGGAAUAGUUCUCACUACGCAUUCUUUCCGGGGAAUCUAAAAUGGCCCAACACAAAGUACCACCUCACGUACACUUUCAUCAACAACUACCCGUCGAACUACGUAGCGGCCGUGGCUCGGGCACUAGCAACAUGGGCUGGUGCCUCGCAGUUCACGUUCGCAGAGGCUUUCGAGGGCGAGACGGCAGACAUCAAAAUAAGCUUCGAGAGAGGGAACCAUGGGGAUGGGAAUCCAUUUGACGGGAGAGGAGGGGUGUUGGCCCAUGCGUUUGCCCCAUCGGACGGGAGAUUGCACUUGGACGCUGAUGAGAGUUGGACGGAGGGGGUUGUUUUUAAUGAGUUUGAUGUGGAGACGGUGGCGCUUCAUGAGCUAGGGCAUAUUCUUGGCCUCGGCCACAGCAAGAUCGAAGCCGCCAUUAUGUGGCCCUUCCUUGACCCCGGCGCCACCAAGGGCUUGAAUGCCGAUGAUAUUGAUGGAAUCCAUGCUUUAUAUGCCUAA